UGUGGGUGACGUAUUAAUCUGAGAUUGACAUGUUAUGAAAAAUUGUAAUUUUUUUUAGUAUUUUGUAUCAGUUAAAGUACAAUAUAAAACAGAAUAAAAAUGGAUAAUUUAGGUGAAUUUGAUAAUAUAGAUAUCAAAAAUGAAGAUGAUUUAUUUGUAUCGGCGGUUCAGGAGCUUCCAAUUACAAGUGACGAAGAUGGAAUUAAUUUAAAUGGUGAUAAGAAUUUGAGUGAAGAACGAGAUGAUUUCAUUGAUAUAUCCAUACAAGAAUCCCAAAAGGUUGGUGAUGGUAUGGGUGCAUAUCUUGCGUACAAAGUGAUAACACGUACUAAUAUUCCAAUAUUUAAGAAGAAAACUAUGUGUGUUAUGCGACGUUUCAGUGAUUUUCUAGGUCUGCAUGAUAAAUUAAUUGAAAAAUAUCAACGUACUGGGCGUAUUAUACCACCAGCUCCUGAAAAGAGUGUCAUAGGUAUGACCAAGAUAAAAAUGUCUAACCAAUCAGAAACUGGCUCACCCACCAGUAGUGAUUUUGUGGAACGUCGAAAACAAGGUUUAGAACGUUAUUUAAGACGUACUGCAAAACAUCCAGUGUUACGUGUCGAUCCUGAUUUCCGAGAAUUUUUAGAAUCAGAUAUGGAACUGCCAAAAGCUACGAAUACAUCGGCGUUAAGUGGAGCCGGUGUAAUGAGAUUAUUUAAUAAAGUUGGAGAAACAGUGAAUAAAAUAGCAUUUAAAAUGGAUGAAACUGAUCCAUGGUUUGAAGAAAAAAUUCAACAAAUAGAAAGUUUGGAUGUUCAAUUGAGAAAAAUCCAUGAAAGUGUUGAAAUGUUAGUUUUGAAUAGAAGAGAUUUAGCUUGUUAUAAAUCAGCAUUUUCGAAAUCGGCUGCGUUGCUUAGUAAUUGCGAAGAACAUACCAAUCUUUCUCGAGCUUUGGCUCAAUUAGCUGAAGUAAAAGAAAAGAUUGAAAGUUUACAUUACGAACAAGCAAAUGCUGAUUUUUUCAUACUUUCUGAAACGCUCAAAGAUUAUAUAGGUUUGUUGGGAGCCGUUAAAGAUGCUUUUCAUGAAAGAACCAAAGUUUUCCAAAAUUGGCAACAUUCACAACAAAUGCUCAGUAGACGUAGAGAAAGUAAAGCCAAAUUAGAAUUAAUGGGACGUUCGGAAAAGUUGGAGCAAGCUAGUAGUGAUGUUUUAGAUUGGGAAUCAAAAGUUGAGAGAGGCCAACAAGAAUUCGACAAUAUAUCCAAAAUGAUAAAAAAAGAAAUGGAAAGCUUUGAAGAAACUAGAAUUCAAGAUUUUAAAAGAAUGUUUAUUAAAAAUUUAGAAGCACACAUGGAACUUCAAUUGAAAUUGGUUACAUAUUGGGAAGCAUUCUUGCCGGAAGCAAAAGCAAUUGUUUGAUUUAACAUUCCAUUUAUUUCUUCUUUAAUGCAUAAAUUUUAUUAUAUGGUUAUGUAAGUGUAUGAAAUAUUUUUAAAACUAUCGAGAAUAAUUUUCUCAUUAAAUUCUAUGAUAUUAUGUGAUAAAAUAUAGAAAAAAAUAAAUAUAUUUAAUAUAAAACGGA